AUUUCCGGCUGGGAGCCUGACACCGGAGCCGGUCCGCUGGGCGGCGGGCGCAAGGGCUGGAGGGGCGCUCGUGGCGGCGGCGGCUCAGCAUGGAGGCGCGGAGGCGGCCAUGGCGGGCAACUUCGACUCAGAGGAACGGAGUAGCUGGUACUGGGGCCGCUUGAGCCGGCAGGAGGCGGUGGCGCUAUUGCAGGGCCAGCAGCACGGGGUGUUCCUGGUGCAGGACUCGAGCACCAGCCCCGGGGACUAUGUGCUCAGCGUCUCCGAAAACUCGCGUGUCUCCCACUACAUCAACAGCAGUGGCCCGCGCCUUCCAGUGCCUCCGUCGCCCGCUCAGCCUCCGCCGGGAGUGAGUCCCUCCCGACUCCGAAUAGGAGAUCAAGAAUUUGAUUCAUUGCCUGCUUUACUGGAAUUUUACAAAAUGCACUAUUUGGACACUACAACAUUGAUAGAACCAGUUUCCAGAUCCAGGCAGGGUAGUGGAGUGAUUCUCAGGCAGGAGGAGGCAGAGUAUGUUCGAGCCCUUUUUGACUUUAAUGGGAAUGAUGAAGAAGAUCUUCCCUUUAAGAAAAGAGACAUCCUGAGAAUCUGGGAUAAGCCUGAAGAGCAGUGGUGGAAUGCAGAGGACAGCGAAGGAAAGAGGGGGAUGAUUCCAGUCCCUUAUGUGGAGAAGUAUAGACCUGCCUCCGCCUCAGUAUCGGCUCUGAUUGGAGGUCGGUGAGCUGGUAAAGGUUACGAAGAUUAAUGUGAGUGGUCAGUGGGAAGGGGAGUGUAAUGGCAAACGUGGUCACUUCCCAUUCACACAUGUCCGUCUGCUGGAUCAACAGAAUCCUGAUGAGGACUUCAGCUGAGUAUAGCUCAACAGUUGGCUGACAGAUGGGAACAAUCUGGUUUUCCCCCCAAUUGCCAUCUAUACAAUUUUCUUACAGGUGUCAAAAGCAGUCUAGUUUAUAUAAGCAUUCUGUUACCUGUGAUCUUUUUAAAGACUGAAUUACUCCAUUCUUACUCGUAUUUACCAUAUUCAGGGUACGAAACUGGAGGGCUUGUGUGGUUAACUUCUGAAUUGGCAAUUUUUGGUGGUAGUGGCCAUGCGUGUAUGAGAAGAGGUAAAUACCUUGCCUCCUUUCUCUUUGGCAGUAUAGAUCAACCUGUGGAAAACUGAUGGUCAGGAAAAGAAUGUUACACACUGCUUACCCUGAUUUCUUCAGUGGUUCUGUUUUCAUUCUGAAACCAUACUAUCAAAAGGCAGCAGACUGUUCCCUCCCACUCCCAUGAAGUAAUCAUGCACUGUGUGAAUAUUACCCAGUGGGAUUGCAUUUGCAUUUAUGGACCAUGACCAUUGUAUGACUCAUUCUGACAUUUCAAAUCCUGAGGAUUCUGAGAACACUACUAGAGUCAUUUGUCUUCCUUCCCAAUCAAUGCUUCAUACUUUUUCUUGGAUUCUUUCCUUGUUACUCUCUUCCCCUGUACCUGUAAGUGGCCUGAUUUUUGGAUAGUGAAUAUCUUCAUUCCAGAUGAGAAGCAGGAUGUGCAGAGCACUUUAUUCAGUGCAUAGCUUUAAGCCAGUAUUGGAUUCACUCAGUGGAGAAACUCCCAGCUUUCUGCCUUCCCCCAAGGGGGCAUCAUAGGUUCACACUGCUACCACAGCUAAGAGACUCCUUGCUGAUGGGACGGAUCCGGCAGGGCCAUUUCUCCUGAUUACUAGUAUCCUAAUGGGAUACUUAGGAGUUCUCAGAUUCUACUUGGAGUGGAAGGACCAAUCCCAUAUUGUAUCCUGUAGAAGGUAUCAGGGACCAAACUCUGCCCUCUGCAUCAUGUGCAAGUUGUAUAAAAGGCAGAUUAGAAUUCUAUGCAUUGGGGUAGGAUUAGUACUUUGAAAACUGUGCCAGUCAUAAAUUCCUUAUGUAUCAUUUUACAUGGUCAAAAUAGUCCUUGAAGUACAUUACAUUAUAAAUUGCCUUCAUUUGGGUUUUCCUUUUGUCCAGAUUUAGUUUAUAAACCCUUUAAAGUAUAGAAUGAUUUAUGUGGGGUCAGAUGCUCCAGAGAAUAGGCCUGUGAGGCCACAAAUGGUUUAGGGUUUCUUUAGACUGUAACAUGAGACUUUUGGGUGCUAAAGACACUUGCUGGUCUCUGGUGUGGUAUGACCAAUAGAAAUACCUUAUACGUUGCUUUGAACUUCAUUUUAGAAAAAUAAUGUACCUUCUUAGUUGUCCUGUAUAGAUUAAUAUGAUGAACUUGCAUUCUUUGAACAUACACCAAAUCAUGGUAUUGCAGUGACUAGCACAUUGCUUAGCACAUGUGUGUAGAAAUUUUGUAUGAAAGAGUGAGCAGAGUGCAGAAGCUUGUUACAUGACCAGGGAUACCAGUUGGCAUAGGAUUGCAUACAUUACCACAGGCAAACUAAUGAUGCUAAUGUAAUACAUUUUUACCUCACUCUAAAGUAAAAGCUUGAUAAAGACAUUAAAACUCAACUUUGGAGAUGUUGGCACAGUGCUAAGUACAUAGUAGGUGCUCAAUGAUGUUGAGUGGCAGAUCUGCAGUAUGUGACAUAUUCCACCUGACUACUUGGUUCAGUUUUCAGUUAGUAUAGAUAGAUACUGUAAAUCCCAGUGCACAGUAAAUCUUGUUUUCCUAAGCCAGGCAUAGUGGCACACGCCUUUAGUCCUAGCACUCAGAGGCAGGUGGGUCUUUGAGUUAGAGGCCAGCCUGGUCUACAGAGCUACUUCUAGGACAGUCAGAGUUCCAAAGUGAGACCUUGUCUCAAAAAACAAAUAAAUAAAUUAAUUAAAUUAAAAAAAAAUCUGUCCCUGAAAUUAUGGCAUCUUAAUUACUUGUAGAAAAUCCUUGUCACAGUUGAUUUGAAUGUUUGUAUUUUCUUUGCCUUUGAUGCUGGCUUGUACUGUCUGCAUUGUGUGUGGUGUUGAUGGGAUCAGAAGAACUCCUCAGUGACUAAUGUUCAGAGCCAUUACACGAACCGUUGGUUGAAUUUGGCUGGGUGUAGCAGUUAUUGGACCUCAAGAAAUCAAAGGACUUCUUACAAAUAUCUUCCAAAAAUAGCAAGUGCUAGAAUCCUAGCCAAGUGCAUAUGUACAUUGUCACAGAGCAAAAUAAACUGAAAUUGGCUGCUAUGUUUUAUAUAAUCACUUCUGCAAGAGCCCAUUUUUGGAUACUAAUAUUUGACAUGGUUAAUUCUUAUUAAUUUGUUGGAAUUGUUUAUUAAUAAUGCAAAUAGAUAAUUUUAAUUUUCCACAAGUAACAUUUCACUAUUAAUGGUUUGAAAUGGGUGAUAAGCAAACCAAUUUGAAAUAAAAUAUGAACAUGUGCCAUUGUAUUAUAACACUAUACACUUUCUUGACAGUUAAAUUUUUAAAAAUGUGGUUUUUUUUGUAGCAUGUAUUGUAUAUGUUUAUAGUAUAUGUAGUAAAUAAAAGUAUGGCCAAA